CGUCUUGACUUUGACAGAAAAACACUAAAAGACACUCAGAAAUGUCUGCUGCCAGCUGCAUGCUAUCUGAAGAGCAGUUUCUGUGCUCCAUCUGUCUGGAUGUGUUCACUGAUCCAGUCUCCAUACCAUGUGGACACAACUUCUGCAAGAGCUGCAUCACUCAUCACUGGGAUGUUAAUGCCCCGUGUCAGUGUCCAUUGUGUUCAAAGGUUUUUAACAGGAGACCUGAGCUUCACGUCAACACGUUCAUAUCAGAGAUGGCUGCUCAGUUCAGACAGUCUUCUGUAAAGAAAAGCAGCAGAAUGUCUCUGAAGAAAAACACCAACUCUGGAGAAGUUCUGUGUGACGUCUGCACUGAAUCCAAAACGAAGGCUCUGAAGUCCUGCCUGAUGUGUCUGACCUCCUACUGUGAGACUCACCUGGAGCCUCAUCACAGAAUCCCCGGCCUGAAGAGACACGAGCUGAUCGAUCCUGUGGAGAACCUGGAGGACAGAAUCUGUAAGAGUCACGGCAGACCUCUGGAGAUGUUCUGCAAGACGGAUCAGAGGUGUGUUUGUCAGUUCUGCACUGAGUCAGAACACAAGCAACAUGUCUUUGUUCCCAUGAUGGAAGAGUACAAGGUAAAGAGGGACAAACUGGUGAAGUUAGACGCCGAAAUUCAGCAGAAGAUUCAGAAGAGACGAGUGAAGAUCGAGAAGAUCAGGCAGUCGGUGAAGCUCAGCAGGGAAGAUACUGACCGAGAGACAGCGGCCAGCAUGCAGGUCUUCACCGCUCUGAUCCGGUCUGUUGAGGAAGGCCUGGCUCAGCUUCUUGACUUACUUGAAGAGGAGCACAACAAAACAGAGAAACAGGCUGAAGGCUUCAUCAAAGAGCUGGAAGAUGAAAUCUCUGAGCUGAUGAAGAGAAGCGCUGAAGUGGAGCAGCUCUCACGCACUGAAGACCACCUCCAGUUCCUCCAAAACCUCCCAUCCCUGAACCCUGCUCCACCCACCCACAUCUGGACGGAGGUCAGAGUUCACUCAUCGCAUGAGGGGACUGUGAGGAGCGCUGUGGCUCAGCUGGCGGGCACACUUAGUGAGAAGAUGAGGAAGAUGUGUGCUGAUGUGGAGCUGAAGAGAGUCCAGCAAUAUGCAGUGGAUGUCACUCUGGAUCCUGACACUGCAAAUCCUUAUCUCAUUCUGUCUGACGAUCAGAAACGAGUCAAAUCUGUGGAGACACAGCAGAUUCUCCCAGACUACCCGCAGAGAUUCACCACUUGUAACGGCGUCUUGGGAAAGCAGAGUUUCUCCUCGGGAAGAUCUUACUACGAAGUUCUGGUUAAGGAGAAGACUGACUGGGAUGUAGGAGUGGCCGGUGAAUCGAUCAUCAGGAAGGGCUCCAAGGGAAAAAGGUGGGAAACCACUGAAGGUCGCUUUCUAUCUAACUUACGAGAUCAUUUAAUCAGACCUUUAGGCUUCCUGAUACACGCCGAAGUUUUGCAGUUACACACAGAAAUGUCUGCCACCAGCUGCAUGUUUUCUAAAGAUCAGUUUCUGUGCUCCAUCUGUCUGGAUGUGUUCACUGAUCCAGUCUCCAUACCAUGUGGACACAACUUCUGCAAGACCUGCAUCACUCAUCACUGGGAUGUUAAUGCCCCGUGUGAGUGUCCCAUGUGUAAAGAUGUGUUUGAAAAACGUCCUCAGCUUCGAGUCAACACGUUCAUAUCAGAGAUGGCUGCUCAGUUCAGACAGUCGACUGUAAAGAAAAGCAGCAGAAUGUCUCUGAAGGAAAACACCAACUCUGGAGAAGUUCUGUGUGACGUCUGCACUGAAUCCAAAAUGAAGGCUCUGAAGUCCUGCCUGAUGUGUCUGACCUCCUACUGUGAGACUCACCUGGAGUUUCAUCAGAAGGUGAUUGGUCAGACGAAACACGAGCUGGUCGAUCCUAUGGAGAACCUGCAGGACAGAAUGUGUGAAGGUCACAGCAAACCUCUGGAGAUGUUUUGCAAGACGGAUCAGAUGUUGUGUGUCUCAGCUGCACUGAAUCAAAUCACAAGCUUCACUGUCUUUGUUCCCUUGAUGGAGCAAUUUGAAAAGGAAAAGGCUGAGCUGAGUGAGACGGAGACUGAAAUUCAGAAAAUGAUGGAGGAGAGACAUCUGAAGAUUCAGGAGAUGAAGGAUUCAGUGGAGCUCAGCAGGGCAGAUACUGACCGGGAGAAAUCAGACAGCGUGCAGGUCUUCACAGCUCUGAUCCGGUCUGUCGAGGAAGGCCUGGCUCAGCUUCUUGACUUACUUGAGGAGAAGCAGAAAACAACAGAGGAGAAGGCUGAAGGCUUCAUCAAAGAGCUGGAAGAUGAAAUCUCUGAGCUGAUGGAGAGAAACACUGAAGUGGAGCAGCUCUUAAGCACUGAAGACCACCUCCAGUUCCUCCAAAACCUCCCAUCCCUGAACCCUGAUCACCCACCCACUAAAGACUGGACGGAGGUCAGAGUUCACUCAUCGUAUGAGGGGAUGGUGAGGAGCGCUGUGGCUCAGCUGGAGGAGAUACUCAGUGAAGAGGUGGAGGAGCAGCUUGAGUCUGAGCUGAUGAGGAUCCAGCAGUAUGCAGUGGACAUCACUCUGGAUCCUGAUACAGCAUAUCCAUGCCUUAAACUGGAUUAUUACAAUAAAGAAGUAUACUUUAAUAAAAGACAGAAUCUCCCAGACAACCCAGAGAGAUUUUCUAUGAGUGGUUGUGUUUUAGGAAAGCAGAGUUUUUCUGCAGGAAAGUUUUAUUUUGAGGUUCAGGUUAAAAAUAAAAGUAUAUGGGAAUUAGGAGUGGCACGAGGAUCAAUUAACAGGAAGGAAUCAAUCUCACCAGAACUAGAGACAGGCCCUUGGGUUCUGUUGUUGAGGAAUGGAAGUGAGUACAAAGCUCUCACUGUGUACUCUCCCCUUCUCUCUCUGAAGUCGAAGCCUCAGAAGGUGGGCGUGUUUGUGGAUUACGAGGAGGGUGUGGUCUCUUUCUAUGAUGUAGAUGCAGCAGCUCUCAUCUACUCCUUCACCGGCUGUAACUUCACUGAGAAACUGUACCCGUACUUUCGUCCCUGCAAAUAUAACUCAGGGAACAACUCUGCCCCUCUGAUCAUCACUCCUGUGAGCCAAACACAGUAAAUAAAUCAUUAAAUGAUCUCAGUGUGAGAUAAGCUUUGUGUUGGUGGUGAAGCUGAAAGCACCAUUAAAACACCUGUCCAUAGAUGAUGUAUUGAUUUGAGAUCUAGUGAAUCCAACUAAAUUAAAGAUUGUGUCAGGGCUACGUGAUUGUGACGGCCCCAUGACCUUUUAGGUUGUGCCUUCUCUUCUCUUGUAUUGCAGGUACCUGUAAUUGGUUGUCCCCUGCUGCUCACUUCCAAAACAGCCACAAAAACGAUUCCUCCUUACCUAAACUCUUUAAUCCAGGUCUACACUCCCUCCCGCCCACUACACUCUGCUCAUGAAAGGCGUCUGAUCCAACCUUCACAACAGGGUCCUAAGUCUGUAGCUAGAUACUUCUUCUCUGUCGCCCCCCUGUGCUGGAACAAACUACCAAACUCCAUUCGCUCUGCAGAGUCCCUUUGCACCUUUAAGAAAAAGCUAAAGACCCAGCUCUUUAUGA